CGUUCGAUACUCACUGUAAGGAGCGUUAAGACGUGGAAACAAUGAUACUUGGAUGAUUUAUUUUGAAAUAGCACCGGAGUCUGUAGUUAUGAGGUCUUGGCAUGUAAUGGACGGAUAGAUAGACGGACUGGUGAAUGGACUCAACGUGGUAGUUUACGAGUGAUAGGACCGGUGUGCUGAACGGGUUCAGUCCGAUCUGUGCAGUUCUAAGAUGAGGAACAUCUUGCGUCCUUCUGGGUCGACCCAACCUCAAUGGGUGUCCUGGCUGCAGCUCGUGUUGUUGCUACGACUUUGGACCUGUUUACAAGCUCAGCUAUUAAAAACCACUCGUUGGCCGCUUUAUUCCGGUAAGCCUUUACUGUUGGCCUGGAACGCCCCUACAGAAGACUGCAGACCUCGACAUGAAAUCAUCUUCCAGCUUGACCAGUUCCAGAUAGUGGCGUCACCAAACGAGGGCUUCACAAAGCAAAAUCUCACCAUCUUCUACCAGGACCGUUUAGGUCUGUACCCAUAUUACGGGCCGGGCAGUACUGCUGUCAAUGGUGGGCUACCGCAGGCUGCUAGUCUCAUGCAACACCUGGAGAAGAUGCCAGAAGGUCUCCAGAAGUAUAUCAAAGACCCUACAGCCAAAGGUCUCGCUGUGAUCGACUGGGAAGAGUGGCGGCCACUCUGGAUACGUAACUGGGGCACUAAAGACAUUUAUCGAGAACGUUCAAGACGGUCAGUCUCUGAGAAGAACCCAACUUGGUCUCAAGACCAGGUGGCCAAAGUUGCCCAGCAAGAGUUUGAGCUCUCUGCUCAGACAUUCAUGUUGGAGACUCUCAGAUUGGCCAAAAGCUUAAGACCCAACCAGCUUUGGGGGUUCUACUUGUUUCCUGACUGUUAUAACCACAAUUACCAAAGUAACCUGGAGAACUACACAGGACGUUGUCCGGACGUUGAGAUGACUCGGAACGACCAGCUAAAGUGGCUCUGGAUGGAGAGUAUGGCUCUUUUUCCUUCUAUAUACAUGGUUAAAUUGCUAAAGGACAAGCAGUCCGGACGGCAGUUUGUACGGAACCGGGUCAAGGAAGGGAUGAGGUUGGCAUCUGUUGGGGACGGGCCAGCCAGGCCUGUGUUUGUCUAUACACGGCCCACUUACGCAAGUGCUAUUCCAACCUCUAACGGUAGUCUACCUGAACUCUUGAUGCUGUCAGAGAUGGAUCUGGUAUCUACUAUUGGCGAGAGCGUGGCGUUGGGCGUAGCUGGUGUUAUUCUCUGGGGUGACUCCACCUAUGCAAGCAGUCACGCGAGCUGUUCUAGUCUUAACGAAUACCUGCGAGGGCCGUUGGGUCGAUACCUGCUUAAUGUAACGUCUGCCGCCGAGCAGUGCAGUCGGAAUCUCUGUGAAUUUCGCGGACGCUGUCUUCGCAAACAACCGGACAUGGAUACGUACCUGCACCUCAGUCCAAACACCCACAGCAUAGAGCGCCAGGGCAACACUUUAAAGGUCAUAGGCCAGAUGGGAGCAGAAGAAAUCAGCCAGUUAAAAGAGGACUUCCAGUGUCAGUGCUACAACGGGUAUAUGGGGGACCGCUGUAGCCAGGGGCAUCCUGGGAACAGAGGUAUAGUGCUCUGGACUACCUGGUUGCAAGUUCUGCUGCUACCGCUGGUGUUGAUGGGGUUUCUCCACUGAGGCAAGGGAAAGUUUGGUGAAACCGCUCUUAAGAAGGAUAUGCCAGACCUUCUCUGAAAAAGAGGUCUUGCGAAGAGGUCAACGGCAGGAAGCAGUCUCUCGUUCACUAGUAUUCGGAGAAGGGGAGAAACAGAGAAGUGGAAACCACACAAGCCAACUUUGGGUAACUAUAUCUGCAGCUCAAUAGUGGCCCCUUUUGGUUUUGUUCAAAUAGAUCGCCCCCUGCUGCACGGGAGGCUGAACUGCAGGCAGAUAGAAUUCUGUUUGUGCUAGUAAAUGUUUCGCGUGUGAAUGAAACCUUAUAUGUUUGAGUGCCUUUUUCUUAUAAAGUUUGAUGUGCUGUAUCUUCAGGUCUUUUUUGCAUUCUUUUUAUCCACGUAAGACCUUAUUUCUGCUGUUUCACAUGACCAGCUCUUUAAAAGGGAAAAACUGUGUUACUGUAACGCUGCUGUCUCGUUAAAACUUCGUUGGAUGAAUCUCACGAAAACUGUCAAGAACGUGUCUCAGUCAGGUAGUUUUUUGCUUUUGCUGAUUAUUUUCCAUGGUUUCUACUGAGCCCCUUAGAGGACUGGGAGGAAAUGUAUUUUAUGAAAUAGUUUGCAUUCUCUCGCAAUUAUUUGGGGUUCCCUCUCAAUAAGUUUUGCGUUCCUUUGCAAUAUUUGUAGUUCCCUCUCAAUAAGUUUAGUGUUUCCUCACAAUAGAUUUCGUUUCCUCACAAUUAUUUGGGGUUCCCUCAAAAUAGUUUCUGUUCCCUCACAAUAAGGGUGUGUUCACACUUGUAGUUCAGUUCUCUUGGUUCUCUUGGUCCGGACCAAAAAAGAAAAUGAAACAUUUAGUCCUGGUUCACUUAGCAUUCACACUGCCAUUUUUAACACCAAACCUAACGAUACAACAAAAAAGGCAUCAGAAAAAGUCACAACCUGAUUGGACAGCUUUUAUGACGUAUAUUUUGCGACGUAACUUGCCGAACAUCCAAAACAAUGCUGGCUGCUGGCCGAAAUGCGCUCAUUGGAUUUAGAUAUGUAUAUAUGGUGGUAUUUUUACCAGACGAGAACAAAUGAAGAGCUUAUAAAAUGUGUAAAGGAGUCAAAACAGCACUAGAAAUUUCUCCGUUGCACACACAAACGAAGAUAUGCUGCAAGGACGGCUGACGGCGGUUCCGACGCCUGUACCGAACUGUAAUGGGCAACAUAGCUCCUAUGAUGAGAAGAACCAGGUAUACUUGAGGUCAGUAUUAAAGACAAAUUACUUCCUGUUUUUGGUCCGUUUAGACAUCUUUGGUUCAUGCUGCGUUCAUAUAUCAAUCGAACCGCACCAGAAUUCGUUUGGAAGCGGACUGAGACCCACUAUUCAGGGUGUCUCGGUCCGCUUGUUUGGUGCGCACCAAGGUUCGGAUGGCAGCGUUAACACUUGUUCAAAUGAUCUGCACUAACAGAGCAAUCGCACCAGAGUUAAUUUUAAUGGAACCAAACCUGUGAACACACCCAAAGUUUUGUGCUCCCUCGCAAUUAUUUGGGGCUCCCUCAAAAUUGUUUGCAUUCCCUUGCAGCAAGUUAGGGGUUCCCUACCAAUAGUUUCUGUUCCCUCACAAUAGUUUCUGUUCCCUCGCAAUAGUUUCCAUUCCCUCACAAUAAAUUUUGUGUUCCCUCAAAAUAGAUUUUGUUCCCUCGCAAUACAUUUUGCAUUCCCUUACAAUAAGUUUUAUGUUCCCUCAAAAUAGAUUUUGUUCCCUCGCAGUAAGUUUUGCAUUCCCUUGCAAUAUGUGUUGCAUUCCCUCACAAAAGUUUCCAUUCCCAAGCAAUAAGUGUUGCGUUCCCUUGCAAUAGUUUCCAUUCCCAAGCAAUAAGUUUUACGUUCCCUCGCAAUAGUUUCUGUUCCCUCACAAUAAAUUUUGUGUUCCCUCAAAAUAGAUUUUGUUCCCUCGCAAUAAGUGUUGUGUUCCCUUGCAAUAGUUUCCGUUCCUUUGCAAUACGUUUUGUGUUCCCACACAAUAGUUUUCAUUUUCCUGCAAUAAAUUUUGCGUUCCUUUUAAAAUAUGUUUUGCAUUCCCUUGCAAUUGUUUUGGGUUACCUUGAAAUAGUUUCCGUUCCCUCACAAUAACUUUCACGUUCCUUUGUAAUUAGUUUUGUGUUCCCUCAAAAUAGCUUUAUUAAUCCCUUACAGAAAUUUACAACGGUUUUACUAAAUAGUUUUAAUAUAGUUCAACUAUGGUACUUUUUUGUUAAACAAUAACCACAGUUUUACUCUAGUAAUACCAUGGUUAAUUUGUGGUACAAGUACCAUGGGUUUUAAAACCAUGGUUUCCACAAAAAAAACAUGCUCCUAUGACAUUUAACCAUUUUUCACUAUAGUAAAACUGCAAUAAUCAUGACUGUUGUAACAAUUUUUAAUGGAAGAACCAUGGUUUUAAAAAUGUACCACAAAUUAACCAGUGUGUUUCUAUAGUAUAAUUUACCAUGUUUUUUGGUAGAAAGAUUAUGAUUUUAAUUACCAUAGUUUUGGUUUUCCUGUAUUACUAUGGUUUAACCGCAAAUAUAAUUGUUAAAAUACAGUAUUGUUACUGUAGUGAUACAUUUUAUGGUUAUGGUUUUACUGCGAAUACCAUAGUUAAACUAGAGCUAAUGUAGGAAAUUCAUGGUUAAUUUUUGUAAGGGAUGAAUAAAGCAAUUGCAAGGGAAUGCACAACUUUGUGUGAGAAACUGUCAGAAAAUAAAUUCCCUGCUUGUCCUCUUAAGGUGCUCCAUAUGAUUCUCUGUAUCAUAACAUUCAGUUUUUUUGUUUUGUUUUUACUGUAUUACAGUAAAGAAAAAGACUGUAAAAUAAUGAUUUUGUUAAAAUCAGCCAAAAUUAAGGCAGCACUACAAAUGAGACCAGCAUGAUAUACCAUAUUAAUACUUAAUCUAUUUUUGUAUUACAUUAAUGGGAAUUGGGGAGGAAUAAAAAAUAAUGGGACAAAAAUAUGCUUAAUUUUUUAUGGAAAAUAUAAUUUUGUAUGUCCUUCUGGAAAUGUAAAAACGACCCAGACACGUUCUUGACAUGACUUGACCACUGCUGGAUAGUGAGAAAUUAUUUGUCUUGUAACUCGCUUUGCCAAAAACAAUGAAUGUAAAUGUAAAAUCUGUGUAUUUUUUUUAUUUUUGUAUUAUUUUUUUUUUUUUUUUUUGCAGUAAAAGCAAAGAUGCCUUUCUCUUUUCUGCCUGGUUUGCACAAAAAUAUUUUGAUUCAGAGUUUUCACAUUAAAUUGCAAGACUGUGCAUUUUUGUUCUUUUGUUUUUGUAUAUUUACUGGAAAGGUUUCAAUAAAAUAAUAUCAGAUGUCAUCACAUGGUUAUCAUAUAAAUGUCAUAUGUUGUUUAAUAUGUCUUUAUAUGUGAAAUUCUGGUGGAAUUAAACAAUAUGACCAUAGAGCUUCACCAAGUAGAAGUAUUUGUGUCCUUAAAGAGCAGGUCAUUCAAAAACAAGAAAGCUGAUGACAUAUAUUUUUAACUGUUAAUUUCAUAUAGCUUCAUACCAAAUUCUGCUUAUGUUGUCCAGGGCCAGAGUUUGAGGAUAAAAUGUGUGAUCAGAUGUUUGGUGAUUGAGUCAAGUGAAUUGUUUUUUUGUAUAUAUAUAUUUUUACAAUAAAUCUUUUAAGAUUUAAAAGU